AUGCAGUCUGUGGACAUGGACCUGACUUGCGAGACUUCUGUAUUGCAGCAGACUGAGGUGCAUGCUGGGGCUGAGCAGAUGAUGAGAGUUUAUCUCAGAGUCAGGCCUUUCUCUAAAGAGGAGCUUUCUGGCCACGAAGACCAGGGUUGUGUUGUAAUUGAAAACAGCCAGACGGUGUCCCUGAACGCACCGAAGGGCUCGGCCACCAUGAAGAGCAGUGAGAAAGGGGUUGGGAUGUCCAUCCACAAGUUCUCCUUCUCACAGAUUUUUGGACCACAGACGACACAAACUCAGCUGUUUGAGGACACGGUCAAAAGCCAAAUGUCAGACUUCUUGGAUGGGAAGAACGUGCUGAUAUUCAGUUACGGUGUAACGAAUGCUGGGAAAACCUACACGAUCCAAGGAACACCAAAAGACCCAGGGAUGCUACCUCAAGUGUUGGAUCUGACCUUUAACUACAUUGGAGGUCAGCAUUACGAGGGGAUGGAUCUGAAGCCCUACCUGAGGAACGGAGCUCAGUGUCUGGAUCCUGACCAGGUCAAGCAGGAGAGGACCGCCAAAGCUGCCAUUCUUGCUUCAUUCAGAGAAGUGAUGUUUGUCAGUAAACCAGCAAGCGGUAACCAGUUUGCCCUUUGGGUGGCUUUUUUUGAAAUCUACAAUGAAUACGUGUAUGACCUGCUCCAGCCCUCCCUGUCCAAGAAGCGAGUUUCUCUUCGUAUUUGCGAUGAUGGUGCUGGAAACGCUUACGUUAAAGACCUCAGGUGGAUAAACAUCCAGAAUCUGGGUGAAGCCUGGAAGCUGCUCCAAGUUGGAAAUAAGAACAGAAGUGCUGCAGCCACGAAGAUGAACCAGUCGUCCAGCAGGAGCCACAGCAUAUUCACCAUGAAGUUACUGAACAUUGGUGGAGGCACAGUUGAAAGGAUCUCGGAGUUUUCUCUUUGUGACCUGGCGGGCUCAGAAAGGUGCAACAAAACCAAGACGUUUGGAGAGAGGCUGAAGGAGGCGGGGAACAUAAACAACUCUCUCCUCAUUCUGGGGAAGUGCAUCACUGCCCUUCGCAACAGUCAGAAUGACAGGUACUGGGGGCGUCGAAUGAGGAGCAGCUACAUUCCUUUCCGAGAAAGCAAGCUCACCAAACUCUUCCAGGCCUUUUUCUGUGGGAAAGGAAGCGCUUCAAUGAUCGUCAACAUCAACCAGUGUGCAUCCACCUACGACGAGACUCUGCACGUUAUGAAAUUCUCUGCGGUUGCCAAACAGGUGGUGCAGGUGAUUCCAGACAGGUCUGUGGAAUCUCUGGCGCCUUACCUGGUUGGUCGAGAUGGGAAGGCUCUAGUCAGGAAUGGUGUCAUUGACAACCAGGCUCUGGAGAGCUACCUGUCUGAAGAGGAGCUGCUCGACGACGAAAAUGAGGCUGACAUGUCUCUGCUGCCACAGACUGAGCUUAUGAAUACGAUUGAGACGCUACGAACUAAACUACUGGCUGAGCGUAGGAAAAACCUGGUGCAGGAAAUGGAAAUACGCAAGGAAAUGGGCGACGCCAUGUUGCAACAGCUCAUGGAGAGUGAAGAGCUCCGCACCCGACAGAUGGAAGAGCUGAAAGAGAGCUAUGACGAAAAACUGGAGAACACUUUUGAGAUGUACAAAGAUGCCAUCAAAGAGCAUGCUUACCAGUGUGCUUUGAACAACCUGGAAGAUGACUACGUACCACUCGACGAGUUCACUGCAGAACAGGAGAAAGUAGAGGGCCUAAAGCGUACUGUCUCGGAGCUGGAGGCCUUGUUGUCCAGCAAAAGAGGGGCUUCUGUGCUCCCAACAGCGGCGCAGUCGUGCCAGACUCAACCUUAUCGAGAUGCAAAUGAAGCAGGAGACGAACAAUACAAGCGACUUCAAAAAGAAAAAUGUAUCAUGGAGAGGAUUUGUGAGGAUAAGCAGCAGUUAAUUUUGUCUCUAGAGAAAAGGCUGAUGGAGCUCAGCGAAACACUCCAGCAGGUCAGAGACAGUUACCUGGAGAAAUCGGCUGAUCUGGAGUCUCUGCAGAAGAAGGCUGAUGAUCAGGCUAAAUCCUUAGAGGACCUCUUACGACAGAACACAGAAAAGGACAGGGAGAUCAUCUCACUGAAGGCUCAACUUUCCAAACCCUCCCAGAAGUCCCCAGUGCAGCCCAAAACCAAGCGAGGCCUGUUCGCCAACAUCAAGGAAGCGGUCACGUCACCUCGGAAGAGCACGGCCAGCAGAAGUCUGAGGAAAACGCCUAAGACUCCAAAACCUUGA